AAUGCCGUAACUUUUACAGCGUUUACGUUUUCUUUAGCAAUGCAGCACCCUUUUUUUUAGCAAGGUGUGAUUACCGUAGGUAAUCAUGCGUAAGUGUAUCAGAAGUUCCAAGUUAAUCUCGGGAACGUAACUCGUCGUUUACAAGUCCGAGAAUAUGGUGUGACACGAAAACUGGCUACUUUGAAUGACAUUGCUUCAGAAUGGAGAGCCAGAAGACUCCUGUUUUUAGGAAGAUACCAUUCUGGUUACGAUCCUUUCGGAUUUCAAAAGAUGCAUCGGUGUCUGUCGACAAGGAAGGUAGACCUGCCUCCUGCCAAACAAAGCGGUUCCUUCGUUCUUACCGUCGAAGCCUCGGUUCAAGAAAAAGUGAAGACCAAGGUGAUGAAAAUAAUCAUGAAGGCCAGGAUGCUUCAAGAGCAUCUCUCAUGUCAAUACGUGAAAUUUGGGCUGAAGAGGCAAAAGCACAAGCAUUUUUUGAAAAGAGCAUGUCUGAACGAAGAUCAAAGAAGCCAUGUUCGCUGAGGAGCAAGCUUCUUGGAAGUCCUAGUAAAAUUCCAAUCUCAGAAAAAAUGCAGGCAAAUCAAAGGGAGCAUCAGUCUUCUUUGAACCACUGCUGCUAUUCUCCUAAUAAGGAGAACUUUGUUCCACCAAAUGUUGCAAAAUGCAAAAGCUAUGGAAACCAAAGUUCAACAGGAAGUUCUGAUGGUAACCUCGCCUCAGAAAUUGUUUUGAGUGCUGCAAGGCAUGCAAAAAAUAGAAGAAGCUUGGCAAGAGAGCAAGAUGUUUGGAGAACGGCAGUAAACAAUAUAGGCCUUCCAAGAACAUCCACAGAACUGGGACAGUUGCCUCAAGUUCCCAGUGAGCAAGAUUUUCUGGCACUAUCGCAAGUCAUGAUGCCACCAAGGAAUGAAAAGCAGGAAAGAGUUAGGGAUUGGGUAUUAUGCAAUGGUGACUUAAGCUGUGGCAUUUCAGCACAGCAUUCUCUGCCUUAUCCACAACACAAACCCAGACAAGGUCAUCUUGCUAAAGAGGAAACAAUUCCAAAGUCUAUCGACUGUGCCCCUAAAGUUCCACCAAGAACUUAUCUUGCAAAGAUGGUGCAUGCCAAGGCACAUCUUAUGAAAACUGCUGCUCCCUUGGCCAAUUCGAGGAUUCCAGGAGCCAAGCAAAACCUUGGUGGCGCUAAAGGGGCUGUGUCUAAAUGUGCUCAUUCUCUAACCAGUCAAGCGAAUCAAGACUGCUCUUUGCUUCCAAAAAGAGUAGCAUCAAAGCAGCAGGUGCCUCUAGAAAGGCCAAGGAGAUUGUGUGCAGAAGCUGGCAUGCGCUCCCAGGCACUUGCUUCAAGACAUCAACAGCCAAAAAAAGCCAGUAGGCUACAAGCUCACCAUAACCUAGGUUAUGAUAUUGAUUGUGCAUCAAGAGUGCAGAAGCUAAGGAAAAACUGCAGCACUGGAGCAUCUGAUGUUAUGGCUGAUGAUGAAGCUACAGUCCUAAACUGCAGCUGUGAGAGGUGCCUUACAAAGUUUAAUGCAGCUGGGAGACAGGUGCCUGGGAAGAUAGCCGACUUUCAUAAUAAUUAUUCGCAUGCAGUAAGACAUCAAGCUGUUAAUACAUGCUUAUCAAAAAAUGGCAAGCAAGCAGCUGCUCUGAGUCAUCAUUGUGAAUGCUGCCAAUUCAAAAAGACGCAUGAAGAAUUACAGCUUGAUGAUAAACUUGGAUCUUCAACACAGCCGAAACAAUCAUGUCAGAAAAAUUUGGACAAGGCAGCUAAGUGCAGCACUAGCAACACGCCUGGAUUUCAGUGUCAGGACGAAAUAACCAAAGUCAUUGAAGAAGCUGUGAAAGCAAGCAUUGAGAAGCUGUUAUCAGCAAAAGCAAAUCCACAGCUGAAUAAAGCACGAUCAGUGGAGAGUCUCCAUGAGCUGGCAGAUUGCAAGAAGGCUACGACUUCACCUUCGAAAUACAUUCUGCUCUCGUCAUGCAGGUCUGGCACCGCUGAUUCUUUGUUUCAUUCUGCUGAAGAAGGUAAAGGGGACAGCGGCAUUGCAUCAUUUCACCAGUCAUGUCUCACUAAAGGAACUGAAAAGAAAGUGGCAACUAUUAGCAUUGACACCGUGAACAGCAGCUCACAAUUGCCCCAGUCAAAGGCUGCUCUAGAGCGAACUGCAUCCCUUCCAUCUUUAGUUGAAAGCAGCAGCCCUGCAAAACUAAGAGUAUCAACUGCUUUCAUAAAGCUUGUGAAAAGGGUGAGUACAGGCCAAAGUAAUGACAGAAUGCCAUCACACCAUACCUCGUUUCUAGACGCAACAAUGAAUCAGCAAAGUGUGGCAUCACAAGAAUCAUGCAGCCUGUGCAGCAGUGGGGAUACUGAGAGUUGUUGGCAGACUGCUGAAAGCCACCAUGCAGAGGAUUCCUGCAGCCACUCGGAAAAAGCGCGCAACUCAGUAGCUCAAGAUGAAGCUAAUGGAUCAAGCUCAUGCAUUGCUGAAAAUGACCAACUAGAAAGAAGUGAAGCACAUAACAUUGAAGUUCAGCCAUCAGUAAGUCUACCAAGGCUUGUGCUAGACUCGCCUAGCUCAAGUGUGGCUAGCCUACAAAGCCGCAAGCCGCCCGAUGGUUGGGAGAGGACGCCACCAUCUGAUGCUCCUGACAUAAUUGAUGAUGAUGAUGAGCCAUCAGAGCUAAAUCCUCGCACACCUGAUGAUGCGCAUGAGCAUUGCUUCUCAAGUGACAGUGAUGGAAGUGAUGACCAGCACAUUCUUGAGGAAGUGAUUAGGAAAGGCAUGGGUAUAACACCACCAAUCAAACUGCCAGCCAGGUGUCCAAAACUGGUGAAAUCUCCUAGGAGAUUCAAGUCAGCUGAAGUGUUCUGUGGUAAAGCAAAACUAAAGCUUGCUGCCUAUGUGAACAGUGGACAUGUCACUGUACACGUCAUCAGGGCAGCCAAGUUGGCGACUUCCCGGGGAGGAUCUGCAAAUGCUUAUAUUAAGGUCUCCCUCCAACCAGAUCACAUCAAAAGAGCUCACUGGAGAACAUCUGUUGUGAAGUCAAGUAGAAACCCAGAAUUUGACCACAAGUUUUCAUUUGAGCUCAUGGCAGACGAUGCUGGAAAGCGUCUUUUGGUGACAGCAUGGCAUCGAGAUUUCGAAAACAAGCGCAGUGAGCUUCUAGGAAGUAUGUCUUUUGGUAUGGCAAAAAUCUUGGACUCUGAUCAGCAUGUGAGAGGCUGGUACAGACUCCUACGGCAAGACCUCGGAAUGCGUAGACACUUUGCUGCAAGGUGUUCAAGGGGUACAUGCACGAGGAUCAAGACAUUGUGUCUUGAUUGAACUUUUGCCGUGCUGGAGAAGACUUUGUUGAGCCCUUUGUCUGUUACUCAUCGUAUGUGUAGUAAGAAAUGACAGUAGGAAAUACUUUUGUGGCAUGGUAUUACACAAACAACCUUCAAUACAGUUUUGUAAGAAGUGAAGGUUUAUUUCUUUACAUAAGAUGACUGUCAAUAAUGGGCUGCUUCGUUACAUGCAUGUUUAUUGACGUGAAAAUCAACAUACAUUUUUUAUGUAAGCACUGCAGGCAAUGAGGGUCAUUAAGUGUUUUCUAGCUGCUGCCCCCAAAUGCUUGAACAUAAUAAGCUCUAGUUCAUGUGAAAUGAAUCGCCAUUUCAUGAGUAACAUUAGCCAAACCUGAUCAUGUGAACAUAUUACCGAUUAUGCCCUUUCCCAAUGUACUAAUAUUUGCGUCCUUGUUUGUUGUAAGAAAGUAACAUAGAAGGGAGCCUGCAUACAUGAGUAGUGACCUGUUUUUAUAUUUUGUAUAAAUGCUCAGCGUAGGACACUUAGCAGAAUGAUGUUACUUGUGAGGUGCCUUAUUAUGACGACUUUUCAUGUGACACAAUUCAUACAAGAAGCAUCAAGAAGGCAUCUCUAUUUUGUUGUGCAGUAGGUAUGAGUGGCUUGUAGUAGUUCCUUCUCUGGCUAAGGUGUAAAUUACCUUUGUUAGUUUUUUUUAUGGUGUUGUUGUCUGUUGAUUCUUGUUUUUAAGUGCAAUUUUUUGUUGACCAUUUAAUAUUACUUUGUAUCUCAGUGUUCCCAUGUAUAGAAUGCACUCUUUUAAAUGAACUUUUUGAUAACAAAUAUUAAUUAUGCCAAGUUCUGUGUUGGCUGUUGUCUUUAUGAUGGGGAAAGCACAGUUGUUGGUUACCAUUGUUAUGUGUCAAGGUCGACAGCUGGGCUAGUUGGUAUGGUUCCAUAUUGUUUAAAGCAGCACAAAUGACAGGACAAAAAGUGGACACUAUGAAGGCUUACUGGCAACUGGCAGGUUUUUUAGAAAAAUAAAAAUGAAAACAUAAAAAGAAGUGACCCAAACAAACUGCACAAUCAUUGCCACGUGAAAAUCUUGCCAACAUGCGCGAAGGCAAGAAAAACCGAAAAGCACUGUUCUGAAAAUGUCAAAUAGAUGAUAUCUGCCGUUCAACUGUGAUUCAGGCGUUACAGCUGUACAAAAGGUAAAUGAAACUUAAUGCGGCUGUCAAACUAUAUUCUUGUGCAACCUAAUGUAAUUGGUAGAUGUGGCAAAUUUUUGCGGUGGUAUUGUUUACAUGAUGCAGCUGAUUUGAUAGCUCUAAAUUUCAGUUGGUUGUGCACAAAUGUAACUAAAGCAACACUGUUCAUUCCAUUUGAUUCUUGCUCUGCCGCGGUGGUCUGUGGGCUAAGGUACUCGGCUGCUGACCCACAUGUCGAGGAAUUGAAUCCCGGCUGCGGUGGCUGCAUUUUGGAUAGAGGUGAAAACGCUGUAGGCUCGUGUGCUAAGAUUUUGGCACAUGUUAAACAACCCUAGGUGUUCAAAAUUUUCGAAGCCCUCCACUACAGAGUCUCUCAUAAUCAUAUGGUGGUUUUGGGACGUUAAACCCCACAUAUCAAUCAUCCAUUUGAUUUCUAUGCCAGUUUACAUGAAGUACAAAUAUGUACGUGGUAUGCUACAAAAUAAACUCAAGAGUUUUCAUUUUUCUCUGUUGACACAUGGUUACCACUUUAGCUUCUUGUAACUAAGGAAGUAAAGCCCAUGUGCUGCACAGACAUGAAGAGCAAAAGAAGCCUCACAACCAGAGGCGUGCCCUGUCAUGCAACCAAGUUUUGAGUCUUUUCAGAAUUAUCACAAAAAGAAAUAUGCUUCUUUCCUUUGACCCUUGAUCGAGCUGUAGUACAAGGAAUGGCUGUAAAUCAUGCCAGGCUAAAAAAUUAUGUUAAGUAAUUAAACAUUUGUUAAUAUCAUGUGACCUGACAUGUAAUGCAACUCUUUCACAUGUUUCUGUAUGCAUAAAAUCUAUUAUGAAACUUGACUGCAUUCUCCAUUGUGACAGUGUAAGCGAUGCUUCAUAAUGACUGGCAUCAGCAUAAAAAUUCAAACACGUUUUAUGCAAGCUGAACUAUACAAUAAAGCUCAAGCUUUUAAAA